UGUAGCAACCUUUGAUAUGAUGAGAGGCCACUUUAAUAUUAUGUUUGGAUUGGUUUCUUUCGUCUGGUUUCGUCUUCUUUCGUCAGUGUUAAUUUCUAGUUGAGUAUUGCACCACAUGCAUGUUCGUAGCACCAGAAAUGUUGGUCAUGAUUAGCAAUUGUUGUUAUGAUGAUUAAUAAUCAUUGAUGACUGGUGUUAAUACUGCUACAAAAUGGGUGAAGUAACAACAGCCGAGGAUGUGCUGAAGAAAAUCAGCGCAGAACACUUGGAAUGUUCAAUAUGUUGCAGUCGCUACAACCACCCGAAGAUUCUUGAUUGCCUGCAUAGCUUCUGUGCCCCAUGUCUCGAAAAUUACAGGAGAGUGCAGCAUCCAAGCAGUGUCAAACUUCCAUGUCCAUUGUGUCGCCGAGAUACCCCUCUGCCAAAGGAGGGCGUCCUUCUUGGGCUUAAAGGCAAUUUCAACUUGACUGCCUUAGUGGAGGAAUUCACUAAUCAGGAGAGUCUUGUGCGGAGGCAGCAGUCUCAGAUCGUCUGCGAGGUGUGCGAGGAUGAAGAGGCCAACUCUAGGUGUAUUGAAUGCAAGGACUACCUGUGCGGCGAGUGCCAGAAAGCUCACCGCAGAGCUGUCAAGACGAAGAAGCACGAGAUAGCCACCCUGGAAGACCUGCGGUCUGGCAAGGCCUGUUUCAAGAGCAAAAUGAGAGAUGAGAUUCCAAAGUGCCAGAAUCACCCAACUCAAGAAGUGGUCUUCUUCUGCACCACCUGUCAGGUCUUGAUUUGUCACGUGUGUACAGCUCUAGAUCACAGCAACACCACUCAUGUCUACGUGUACAUUGAAAAAGCUGAGAGGUUAUUCCGAGAAACAGCCAAGAUUCUGCUCUCGAAGGCAACUGAUUCCACGGCUGAAUUCAGGUCCGCGAAGAAGGUGAUCGACCACGCCAUGCAGACACUGGAUGGUGUGAUUGCGGCGGCUUCGGCUGAUAUCUCGAAACGUGCCGAUGAAGAUGUCGCAAGGGUUCGACAACAAGAAGACAUCUUGAAAAAGAAGGUUUCAGAGAUCGGCAUUGAGAGAUUGAAGCUGUUAGAAACGUCACAUGAUACCUACUGCGAAAGUCUGAAGUGGGCUGAGCAUACGCUGGAAAAGGCAACCAGCGUCCUUGAACAGUCGAGCCGCUUCGAGGUGCUUGAGCUAAAACAACAACUUGUGAAGAACUUGACAGAUGUGUCUGAGCAGCAAGUACCAGGUCCAGUUGAAAGCCUGUCGCCGUUCAUUGCCUUCAGCCCAGAUCCUGUGAAGACCAAACAACCACUUGGCAAGAUACUGCUUGAAGAAAAAUGGGAGAUGAAGACACAGUUUGAUGUAAAAGGAUCCAAGUUGGCAGCUAGCAUUGCAGCCUUCACCACCAAUGAUCUAAUAGUCGCAGACUUAGAAACGCACAAGAUAAGCGUUUUCACUCCAAAGGGUAGUUUCAAAUACUACUUUGACACGCCUGCCUCUCAACCAGUUGGGAAACUCUACUGCCCUUACGAUAUCUCUGUCACAAAAGACGACAGGGUCGUGGUAAUAAAUCAACCCAGUAAAGAAGCUUCUACGGCAACAGUGAAGGUCUUCCAGGCACACAACGCUAAAAAGAUAAGACACCUGCUGAACAUCACACCGUUGCAUGUGAGUAAGGCUCAUGAAGACUACGAUAUAUCGUGUAUAGGGGCAGACGAGAACCACAUCGCAGUGGGCAACACGGCUAAGAAGGAAAUCACUCUCUACCAAACAGACGGCUCUCUGAUAUCCACAAUACCAGCUGCAAUGAUCGACAGGCGGUUGGAAAUCAGUAACCAGGGACGCCUCAUCUUCAGCAACUACGACCAUUCUAAACUCGUUUCACUGGACAUGGAAGGCAAUGAGAUCUUCUGCGUUGAUACCGUCUUGAAUGGGGUUAAGGUCAAACCGGCUGGCAUGUGCUGUGAUCGCUUUGGGGAGAUUUACAUCGUUCUACAUGCAGGUCAAGAGGGUGAGAUACAUCACUACAGCGCUGAAGGAGCACACAUCCGACGGAUCGCUCAGCAUCUCGUGAACCCGUUGGGGUUAACAAUCAUGCCUAAUGGUGACUUGGCUGUUGCUGAUAUGCUUUCUGUAAAGAUCUAUCACAAGGUAUGAGCUUCCAUUCAUGAAGCUCCCAAUAGGUUCUCAAUUGGUGGGAGUUACGACUGGAAACAAUGGAGACUUUGGAACGCUAGGUGGCAGCAGACUUAGCAGGGACAUUUUCAUUGCUUACAUAUUUUUGAGCAUGCGCAAACGUCUGAGCAAAGUAGAUUUACAUGGUAAGUCUGCUGCCAGCCAGAGUCACUAAAACCUACCCGUUUUUUGAAGUAUGUGAAUAAUUUACAGCUUGAACUAUCUCGGUGAUCAUCAUGCAUAAAGUCUUUUUACGAAAAUAGUGUUUGCAAACUUAUGUUUUAAUUAGUGGCGUUUGAUAAGGUGGCGGCGCUCUUUCUACUCACCGGUCCUUCGCCAGUGUUUUCAGCGUCUAGAACAAUAGAAAGGGACGGCUUAGUGGGACGCCCUCUAUUGCCCCAAAAGUCUCUAAGGUAGAACUGAUGAGUAGGUAUACACAUUCAUACCGGGAAGACACUAGGGUCCACGAAUGCAGGCGUAUACACACUUGGGUGCGUGGGGCAUCAACAUUGGAAAAAUCUCCAUUAAUCUCUCUGAUACGCAGUUCCCCUUAUCGUGGGAAAAGAAUCUCCGGAGGCAAAGAUCUCCUGCCCGCGAAUUUUUUUUUCCAGGAUGGUAAAGGCCAAUAGAUUUGCAUACACGCUCCCAUUGGCUGCCACGCACUUGACGCUGAAUUAUUCAUCAGUGGGAAUUCAGCUAUUGCCCGGCACAUCGGCACGAAGGAGAGGGGUUGAGUGAACAACAUAGCCUGGUUUAACAACUGCACGGUUAAACAAUAAAAUAAUUACGCAAAGCAUAUAAAAAUUUGUUUUACCUGCAUUUUGGAUGUUCAUACUCGAUGUGAUUCUUGCCAAAAUCACGAGAAAGAGUACGAUACGCUCUGGAAACAUGAAUCUUUCGAAUGACUGUACAACGGUUAUGUUUCCAUACAAAAACCUGUAACAGAGUAAAUAUGAAGCUCGAUUUAAGAACAGUCUAAGCUCCCUCAAUAUUUUGUGGACCAAUGUUUCACAGUUAGAAAGUCCCGUCAAUGUAUUUCAAGAUAAUGUAUAGAAGACCAUUCCACUUAAAAUCAAUGGAACGGUCAAUAGGUCCACCCUUAGGGCACUGGACACUAUUGGUAAUUGUCAAAGACCAGUCUACUCACUUGGUGUAUCUCAACAUAAUGCACAA